GUCUUGUGAAACACAAACGCGCAAGAACAAAAACCAAAUAAAGGUCCCUCCUUUAUAUAAUUUUCCAUUAUUUUUCCUUUACCCUUUAAAUUUUUUGAUCUUCCCCAUCUCCAAAUCCAGAUUUCACACCAGUGACCUGUGCUCGUAUCGAAGUUGGUUUCGGUGAAUUUGAGAGAGAGUAUGAUGAAUCGGCUAUUUGGGAAACCCAAGCAGGAGUCUAAUGCUCUCCAAACUUUAGACAAGCUUAACGAGACGCUUGAGAUGCUAGAGAAAAAGGAGAAAGUACUCUUGAAGAAGGCUGGUCAAGAGGUUGAGAAAGCUAAAGAAUACACCCGUGCUAAGAACAAACGCUCGGCUAUACAGUGUUUGAAAAGGAAGAGGUUAUAUGAGCAACAAGUCGAACAGCUUGGGAAUUUCCAACUGCGUAUACAUGAUCAAAUGAUUAUGUUAGAAGGCGCAAAAGCAACAACCGAAACUGUUGAUGCAUUGAGGAGUGGAGCUUCUGCGAUGAAAGCAAUGCAGAAAGCUACAAAUAUUGAUGAUGUGGACAAGACCAUGGACGAGAUUAAUGAACAGACCGAGAAUAUGAAACAGAUCCAAGAAGCAUUGUCAAAUCCAAUCGGGGCGGCAGCUGACUUUGAUGAGGAUGAGCUUUUAGAAGAGCUUGAAGAACUCGAAGGUGCUGAGCUUGAAGAACAACUUCUUCAGCCGACAACAACAGCUCCAUUGCCGUCAGGUCCCGUUCCUGCAGGGCGUCAACAGGCCCGUCCUGUUCCUCAGAAGCGGACAGCAGAGGAAGAAGAACUCGCUGCAUUACAGGCUGAGAUGGCCCUCUAAGGUUAUUCACCUCUCCGAGGCAGAGACAUGUAUGCAUUUGAUAAACAAGAACAGACGAUGUAUAUAAGGAUCUGAGUCAGAUUAAAUCGGAGCAAAACUUUUAUAAUCCCCCCGUCAUGAAUUUUAUCGGCAUUUGGGUGUUCUUCACAUAAUUUAUCUCUUAUGUAAUUUUUGUAUGUUUUAAUGACACUUUUUUACUCUGGUGAAAUAAUCUACUGCGUUACUUACUUUAACUUAA